AUGGCUAAUUUAAGAACUCAAAAAAGAUUAGCAGCAAGUGUUAUUGGAGUUGGUAAAAGAAAAGUUUGGUUAGAUCCAAAUGAAACCACCGAAUUAGCUGGUGCUAACUCAAGACAAGCCAUUAGAAAAUUAUACAGAAAUGGUACUAUUGUCAAAAAACCAACUGUCGUUCAUUCCAGAUCAAGAGCUAGAGCUUUAAAAGAAUCUAAAGCUAACGGUAGACAUAUGGGUUACGGUAAAAGAAAAGGUACCGCUAACGCCAGAAUGUCAAGUCAAGUCUUAUGGAUGAGAAGAUUAAGAGUUUUAAGAAAAUUAUUAGCUAAAUACAGAGAUGCUGGUAAAAUUGACAAACAUUUAUAUCAUAAAUUAUAUAAAUCUGCUAAAGGUAACACUUUUAAACAUAAAAGAUCUUUAGUCGAACAUAUCAUCCAAGCUAAAGCUGAAGAUUUAAGAGAAAAAUCAUUAAAAGACGAAUCUGAAGCUAGAAGAUUAAGAAACAAAGCUGCUCGUGAAAGAAGACAACAAAGAGUCAACGAAAAAAGAGAAGCUUUAUUAGCUGAAAAUUAA